CAAUUUCUACUCUUUGGUACAAUGUGACAGUAAAAUUGUUAUUUUUUGACAAUUUUAUUAAAUAAAUUAUUAUCAAAUUAUAGAAAUGUAUAAAGGAUUAUCAAGAAUUCUAUCCUGUUAUUGUUCAGACAAAAUUCCACAGUGUAUAUCACCAGUUUUUAACUCAGUUUUAAGUACCCGAAAAGGACAAAUAGGAUAUUUAGGUUAUGUUUUCAAAAGGACGAAAAAACAUGAUAGGGGUGGUCUUUCGACAUUGUUUACCCCGGUCCCAGUAAAACCAAAUCCAGAUGACAUAAACGUAGGAGAAGAAUUCACGGGAAGACUUAAGAAACAAGAUUUACUGAAAAUUCUAAAUAAAUUUUAUCAAAAGCCAGAAGUUAGAUCGCUUUCUUCAGAAAAUGGUUUGGAUGAUCAAUUAUUGCAUCAGGCUUUUUUAUCAUUUAGAAGGCAUUGUCUAGAACAUGAUUUGCCUCCAGAUUUACAUAUAAUUAUAAGUGAUAUACUGCAUGGUGCGGGACAUGUAGAUGACUUAUUUCCAUACUUCCUUCGACAUGCCAGAUUAGCAUUUCCACAUUUGGACUGUUUAGAUGAUUUAAAAAAAAUAUCCGACUUAAGAACACCAGCCAAUUGGUAUCCACAGGCACGUCAUUUGAAUAGAAAAAUAGUAUUCCAUGCGGGACCUACAAAUUCUGGCAAAACUUAUCAUGCUAUGGAGCGAUUUCUUACUGCAAAAUCAGGAGUUUAUUGUGGACCAUUGAAACUAUUAGCAACAGAAAUAUAUCACAAAUCUAAUAGUAAAGGUACACCAUGUGAUUUAAUAACUGGAGAGGAAAGGCGGCAUGCCUCACAAUAUCAGACAUUAACGGAAAACGUUGAAACGGAAACUAGUACAGAGACUGGAAAUUAUUUACUUAAUGAACCAGAACUAAUACCGUCUAGUCAUGUUGCUUGUACAGUUGAGAUGACAUCGCUAAAUGAUACAUAUGAAGUAGCAAUUAUUGAUGAAAUUCAAAUGAUUGGAGAUAGAGGUAGAGGUUGGGCGUGGACUAGAGCAGUUUUAGGUCUGCAAGCUGAUGAAAUUCAUUUGUGUGGUGAAGCUGGCGCAAUAAAUUUGAUUGAAGAAAUUUGUUAUACAACCGGUGAAGAAAUAGAGGUGCGUACAUACAAAAGACUAACAGAACUGAAGGUGGAGGACAGUGCGCUGGGAUCACUGGACAAGGUGCGUGCCGGAGACUGUAUUGUGUGCUUCAAUAAGAAUGACAUAUACAGUGUAAGCAGAGCCAUUGAACAGAGGGGUCAUGAGGUGGCAGUGAUAUACGGCAGCUUGCCCCCCGGCACUAAGUUAGCGCAGGCUAACAAGUUCAAUGACCCUGAAAGUUCCUGUAAAGUGAUGGUGGCCACGGACGCUAUUGGCCUCGGCAUCAAUUUGAGUAUACGGCGGAUAAUCUUUUAUUCACUAAUAAAACCGGUGGUAAAUGAAGAUGGUGAUAAAGAAAUGGAUGUCAUCAGUGUAUCGCAAGCUUUACAAAUUGCAGGCAGAGCUGGCAGGUACGGCAGCGCGUGGGAGACAGGGUACGUGACGACGUUCAGGGCGGAGGACCUGGCGACGCUGAAGACGCUGCUGUCCAGGUCCUCGGAGCCCGUGACGCAAGCGGGGCUGCACCCCACUGCGGAGCAGAUGGAACUUUACGCCUACCAUCUACCUCAUGCCAGCCUCAGUAGUUUAAUGGACAUCUUCGUGCACCUGUGCACGGUGGACGACUCGCUGUAUGUGAUGUGCAACACGGAGGCGUUCAAAUUCCUGGCGGAGAUGAUCCAGCACGUGCCGCUGCCGCUGCGCGCGCGCUACGUCUUCUGCUGCGCGCCCAUCAACAGCAAGCUGCCCUUCCUCUGCGCCACAUUCCUCAAGAUAGUCCGUCAGUACAGCCGCAAUGAGCCGAUCACGAAGUCGUGGCUGAGCAACGCGGUGGACUGGCCCGUGCCCUCGCCCAAGACCAUCAUGGACCUCGUGCACUUGGAGGCGGUCUUUGAUGUGCUGGAAUUAUAUCUAUGGCUCAGUUACCGAUUCCCUGAUAUGUUCCCUGAUGUGAAAUUGGUUCGUGAAAUGGAAAUAGAGUUGGACUCUAUCAUACAACAAGGAAUCUUUCAAAUAACAAGAUUAUUAAGAAAUUCAGAACAAGUAUUAAAGGACAGCCCUUCAAGUGAGGAGACAUAUGGACGAGGGAAGAAGUCAACGAGAUCACAUUUUAUUAAUAUUGUAGUCGUUGAGAGUUGUUUACGUGAUUUGAAAAUGGAUGGAUUGAAAAGUUGUUUGUUUUUAUUUAUUUUACAUAUUCAAACAUCUAAAUUAAUUAACGGUUUCAGAAUAUUUGAUUACGAUGGUGUACAGAAUAUCUUGGCGUUUAGAGACGAGCCAGUGACGAUACAAUGCCAGGCAGAUAUGCCGAUAUCUUAUUGUGGAUUUGUUCAUCCCAGUGGUAAAAGAUUCUCAUCAAGCUCGGUUACAAACGCUAAAUGUGAAGUGAAGAUAAACGCAAGUGAGGCGGAAGUUGGGGAAUGGAAGUGUCAUAUAGGAGUGCAGUCAGUGAGGGUCGAGUUAAUGAAGAGGAUCGAAGUGCGUGUGGUGGGGGAAGUGGCGGCUGUCCAGGCUAACGUGACCUCUCUCCACGGCAAGCCCGUUACUCUCGCGUGUGUCACCACCAAGGGUCUAGUACCAUUGAGUUACUGUCGCUUCGAACCACCGAAUGCUAGCCCGUUUAGUAUUGAUUCAUCAAUUAAUGCGACUAAUCCUCUGUUGAAUAAGUAUCACUUUCCGGCGAACAAAAGCUUGGACCGCGGGGAUUGUGCUGUUACUAUUCGUAAAGUGAGGUAUGAAGAUGUGGGGCAGUGGACGUGCGGGGCGGGUUUUGAUGAUGGCCAGGAACACAUAGCUCAAAUAACUGUUGACGUUGAAGGACUUUAUACAAUAUCAACAGCGUCGGUAACCGGCAUCACGCUUGGGGGCAUCCUGGUUGCUGGCAUUAUCGGGAUCUUAGGCUACGUGGCGUGGAAGAAACGAUGGGUGUUAGGAAGUCGUCGUGAAGUCGAGGAGAUUGAAAUACAGGAGAUGAGACCGAACCCUGAAGGCACUCCUCAAGGUAUAAGAGUACCGGUCAUAACAGUACAGUCUCCGUCUACUCCGUCAAGAUCAGAAACUACGUCUCCAUAGUAAUUGAGUCAAUAAAUUUUGGAAAAACUAACAAAAUGAACAAGACCAUUUAGUGGAUAGGCCGAUUUUAGCUUUUUCUUUAGACUAUCGGUGUGAUACAUUUCAGCAUAAGCCUAGAGCUUAAUAAAAUUUUAAUACAAGCAAGUAUUGUAUAUGUACUGGGAUUUGAUUGGUCUAGACUUUAAGUUUGUAAGGAACAAAAAAUUAAAGUGUUUCACAAGUCUAUACAACAAAUGCAAAAUAAGGUAACUAACGCGAGUAUUAUAUUGAAAAAUA